AGUCUCCUCUGCAAUUUGGCCAAAGCUUUAGGGAAGAAGAGUGAGCCGGACCUUUGGAGGCACAACACUGAAGGCGCUUCACAGCUAUAUGUGGUGGGGAACGCCACAGCAUGUGCACAGCCGGAGGGCUGAGGCAGCGGAGGCAGAAAAGAUGGCAGCUGCCGUCCCGCAGUUAGGUGCUGUGCCCAUGGAUCUUGACGUCAAAUGUUGUGGAGCUGCUCCUCAGGAGUUCAACGCAGGACUGCGAUCCCUUCUGGCAAACAAAGAAUGCUGCGACCUUGUCUUUGUGGCGGGUGAGGAGGACAUUGAAGCUCAUGCUGUAGUUCUGGCUGCAAGCAGUGCCAGUUUCUGCACCUUCUUGAGACAGAAUCCUUCGCUUGGACUGAGCAUGCGUCAAGAGGCUGCAUGUGAUAGUCCAAAAGUAAUGGAGGAGCUACUUGCAGUUCAAGCACGUGUGCCGGUGGCUCAGCCAGAUGCUUCCCCCAAAAGCGGUCAGGCCGAAGAAAAGCAGCCAAGCGAGCAGGUGGACACCGACACAUCGAAAGAAAAUGCACCGUCAGCAGGAGAGACAGAAUCAUCCUCCGACAGUCAGGCCAAAAGAAAUGAGAAAAGGCGCCUCGAUGUAAAGGGCUUGUCUUCAGCAGAGGCCAUGCACAUUCUCCUGGAUUACGUCUACAAAGGAUUUGGUGGAGCAGAUUGGCAGUACAGCGCGACAAGUGCAGAGGUAAACAAAGAUGUGCUUCGGCUGGCGCGCCAUUUUGGCUUCAGUCAUUUGCACGAGCAUGCAGCCAGAUGGCUCGCCACUGGCCUGACCACAGAGAACGUUCUGGAGAGACUGGUCACGUGUGAGGAGUUUGGCCUGGACCUUCUCCGAGAAAAGAUUACCGAGAGGCUCGCCCUGAAGCCUGCUGAGUUGAUGUUGGUGUGCAGUAGCCCAGAGAUCACCAAGCACCCAAGAAUAUUGCAGGUCCUUCUGGUGCAAGUUGCGUCCCUCCAAGACAAGCCAUCUCAAAAGGAAGAGGAACAAGAGGAUGGAAAAAAGAAGGAGGGCAAAGCUGACAAAGAAAAAGCUGAGAAGGGAGAAGAGAAGAACGAGAAGGAAAAAGAGAAGGAAAAGAAGCCUACGAAAGCUGAAAAGAUCGCGAAGCAGGAGAAGCCACAGGCUGAGAAGCCGGCAAAGAGACGCAAGGCCGGCGGAGCCUGAGCGCACACCUUUGAGCUGAUGCAGAGAUGAAAGAGAUUGAAUGAGUAGUAAUAUUGAUUAAUUGGUGCGAUUGACGCACUGCUAGUCUGCUAGUCAUUUGCCGCUUGGCGGUCUCACAUGAUUCCUCAUGGCAAUCGCUGUUAGCCUCUUGAGGGCUUGGAGGCAAUUCGUUCAAAGACAAAUUCACUGCCUGCUUGCCAGAUAUGGCACUAGCAGGUGAUUGCAAGCAUUUACUCCUAGUUGUUUGAAAAAAAACAUGGAAACACAGGAUGCCAAGUUGAUGAUGUUAGCGUACUUCUAGCGCAGUCUUACGGCCUUACACUUUCAGUUGGUUCUGCCUGUGUUUUGGAUUCCUC